AUGUGGAAUUUCAUAAGGAAUAAUAUCGUUUUAUCCAUUGAAAUGAUCGUCAUGGACGAAGAGGCUGGAGACAGUAUGCAACUUUUUCCAAACCAAAUGAACGUAUUGAAAAACCGCAAAUUUGCGUUUCUUGUAGAUAUUACAUCCUACAACGUCAACAACUAUAAUAAUAUCUACAACGUUGUCAAAAUUACAAAGGAUGUGGACAUUGUUUCCCAUUUGGAAAGUAAACUAGAAAUUUUGACUACUCAAUCAGUGUCCUUAAAUGAAGUACCCCUCGAAUCAGAUGAUGUUGUUCAGAAUGUUCAAAAGGAUGUCAUAUCACAAACAGAUGAGAGUUUUACUCCAUCAACAGUUGAUAAAUCAUCUGCAACCGGUCCGCUGAAAAUACCAACUGAUUUGAAGCGCAACCUCCAUGACAUUUAUGACGUUGAUUAUGGAGGUGAUUUGAGUUCGACAAAAUCUAAAAGAAAAUCAAUUGGAGAGGGAAAUACACUUUUAGUUCCUAAAGUGGAAAAGUGA